AUGGAACUCCUACUCCUCGGCAUCAAAUCCACCCUCAACAAAGCUAAGACCCUCACCAUUGACGACACCACUGUGUCUCCCUCCCCCACACAGGCAACGUCGAAGCUCCAAAGCUUCAGCGACAGGGACCUCACCAGGGUUGCUCCUAGGCUCUGGAAGUCCCUCCUUUCAGCCAUCUGUGACUCUGAGUCCUUCACCACCUUUCAGGGUCCUAAAAGCCCCCCCAAUCUCGCCCCUUACCCUAAACCGGGAGCAGUGGCAGAAGAGUGUGAGGAUGGUCAGUUUCAGUGCAAUAACAAAAGGUGUAUACCGACCAUAUGGAGGUGCGACGAUGAUGACGACUGCUCAGACAACAGCGACGAGGAAAACUGUGCCAGGAAGACGUGUGCCCCGGCAGAGUUUGCCUGUGCAAACGGCCAGUGUGUACCAGGCCGCUGGCGCUGUGACGGGGAACCAGAGUGUCCCGACGGCUCAGAUGAGGCAGACGCCACCUGUAGCAAACAGACGUGCCCUCCGGAGAAGUUUGACUGCGGCGGCUCUACCAACAAGUGUGUCUCAGUGUCGUGGCGAUGCGACGGCGAGCGGGACUGUGAGAACGGGUCAGACGAGGAGGACUGUGCCGCCGACGCCAAGUCCUGCCCGAAAAGCGAAUUCCAGUGCGCCAACCGCAAGUGCCUGGCACCUAUCUACGUGUGCGACGGCGAUGACGACUGCGACGACGGCUCUGACGAACUAAAAUGCUCCUCCCGCCACUCGCCAACGACCACCUGUGGUCCGCACGAGUUCCGCUGCAACACCUCAGAGUGCGUGCCUGUCAUGUGGAGCUGUGACGGCGACCCAGACUGCCCAGACGGCUCUGACGAGUGGCCGGAGCGUUGUGGGAGUGAAGGGUCGCAAUCGCGACGCAGGAUUAACUGUACGAUGGAGGAGUUUCGGUGCGCCAACGGGGAGUGUGUGAGGCUGGCGUGGAAAUGUGACGGGGAUCCGGACUGCAAGGAUAAAUCGGACGAGGCGGAUUGUCCUCUGCUGACGUGCCGCCCAGAUGAAUUCCAGUGUGGGGAUGGCUCCUGUAUCCACGGCACCAAGCAGUGUAACAAGGUCCAUGACUGUCCUGACCAGAGUGACGAGUCAGGCUGUGUCAACGCCACUAAGUGUGAGGGGCCCCUGAAGUUCCUGUGUAGGAACGGAGAGUGUAUCGACAGCGCUAAGGUGUGUGACAACGUCAAGGACUGCAAGGACCGCUCCGAUGAGCCCAAGAAGGAGUGUGGACUCAACGAGUGCGCGCUCAACAAUGGCGGCUGCUCUCACAUCUGCCUGGAUCGACCAAUCGGCUACGAGUGCCAUUGUCCCACCGGGUACCAGCUACUGGACAAGAGGACAUGUGGAGACAUUGAUGAGUGCGAGAGCCCCAACGCCUGCAGCCAGAUCUGCAUCAACUACAAGGGAGACUUCAAGUGUGAAUGCUACCAAGGCUAUGAGAUGGACCCCGUCACCAAGACCUGCAAGGCAGAGGGAGACAUCAAGUAUGAGUGCUACGAAGGCUAUGAGAUGGACCCCGUCACCAAGACCUGCAAGGCAGAGGGGAAGUCUCCCUACCUGAUGUUCACCAACCGGCAUGAGAUCCGGCGGGUGGACCCGGUGAAGAAGGAUUACAGCCAGGUGCUGGCAACCCAGAAAAACGCUGUGGCGCUUGACAUAGACGUGGCCAAUAACCGCCUGUUCUGGUGCGACCGCUUCCACCGCAACAUCUACAGUGCUCUGAUCCCGGAGGCCAGUGUCCCGUCCCAGCAGGUGACCCUGGUGGACUCUGGCUCUCUCCUCUCCCCCGAGGGCCUGGCCCUAGACUGGGUCCAGCACAACCUCUACUGGACCGACUCGGGCCACAAGACCGUCUCGGUGGCCUCGGCCUACGACGGCCUCAAGAGGAGGGUGCUGGUGGACACGGAACUCAGCGAGCCCAGAGCCAUAGCCCUGGACCCCCAGCACGGGUUCAUGUACUGGUCUGACUGGGGCACCCGGGCCAAGAUUGAGAAGGCUGGGAUGAAUGGGGUGGACCGACAGGUCUUGGUGUCCGACAACAUCGAGUGGCCCAACGGCAUCACCCUAGAUGUAGCCAACAGACGUCUGUACUGGGUGGACUCCAAGCUGCACCUCAUCUCCAGCGUGGACCUGAACGGGGCUCACCGCCGGACACACCUGUCCUCUUCAGAGAGACUGGGACACCCCUACGCACUGGCUGUGUUUGAGGACCGUAUCUACUGGACAGACAGGGAGAGGGAGGCGGUGUACAGCGCUAACAGGCUAACCGGCCAAGAUGUCAGCACACUGGCCGAGCACCUCAACGACCCCCACGACAUAGUGGUCUUCCACCCACUCCGACAGCCCCAAGGCCCAGACAGCUGUAACUUGGGCAGUGAGGCCAACGGUGGCUGUGAGUACCUGUGUCUCAAAGCCCCCCAGAUCACAGAGCACUCUCCCAAGUACACCUGCGCCUGCCCCACAGGACAGGACCUGGGGCCCGACAUGCGGGGCUGUGUGCAAGCAAAUGAGACUAUUACCACACCGUCGCCAUUCCCCACCGGCUCGGUAGCCAUCAUCACGGCAAGUAUCGAGGAGGACAAAGAGGACUCCCAUUCCACUUCUGGGUUGUCCCAGGCAGAUGCCGGGGUCCGCCACCUCACCCCCGCCCCCUCCAGCACCCCAGAACUCCUCCUCAUCGCCAAACCUGGGGCAGAGGUGAAGGAGAAAGAUGGCCGGCGUUUGGAUCACACCACCUCCACCACAGUAGGGUCUGGGGACACUAAUGUCAUCAAGGAGGACAGCAACCUCUCUCACCACUCUGGAAGUGAGCAUUUUCUCCUGGGGGAGAACCUGACAGUGGCAGUUCUGGGAGUAGUCAUCCCUAUAGUUCCUAUUGUUGCCACAGUGGUCUUCGGUCUGCUCUGCACUGGUGUCUACCUGGUUUGGCGGAACUAUCGUGUAAACUCUACCAAGAGUAUGAACUUUGACAACCCCGUUUACCGCAAGACCACAGGCGAGGGCGAAGAGGACGAGAUUCACAUCGGACGGACGGACAGUGGCAUGAGCGGCCAGCACGGGCAUCACCCGUACCCAGUUGGAGUGGGGUGUGGCGUAGUCGGCGGGGGCGGAAAUACAUGCCCUCAGUUUAUCGCUCUACCACUGGGUGGCAGUAUGCCCGACCCGGGGACUCACUGGUACACGGAGCAGCCUAUGCUGUCCACUACGGCUAAGUGAGGUGGGAAAAGUGGGAGGAUGGAGACUAGACUAAAUGGCUGCUCAGGGGGUUAAUUUUCAAGAUGGCCGCUGCUCAGGCGCACACACAUGCACACACACACAGUACCAAGGUCAGGGGUCACUCACUGAGUCUGUUCAAGGGAUGAACAAAUGAUGUUCUCGUCACAUCCAGCCAUUCGGGACCAUGCUGUGCCAAUUCAUCACACAAAAUUGACAGUUUGACACUUUCUAAGGUUUAUUUAUGUUAUGUCAGAGUUGGGGUUGGUUCGGUUUGAAUUCCUGUCAAUUCAGUUCUUGAAUUCUCUAUGAAUCAAUUGAAUUUAGAUCACUGGACUUGAGUUGCAACUGAGUCGACACCAAUUCUGGAUGUUUUUCAUCCACUUUUGAUCAAUUUCAGCAGUAUUGAGCUGUGCUAUCUGUCUCACGUUUAAGGCCGAGAGGAUUUCCAAGAGAGUCAUUUUGCCCUUGAUGUUAUAAAUCUAUGCUCUCCAUUUUAUAUCCCUGGUGGAUCCUCAUUCUCUGGCUUUUUAGGGGGAGGUUUAAAAUGAGGGCAGCACCUUAGUUGAUGGGACAAUCUGUAUAGUUUUAAGCUAUUCAUUCAACACGUUUUAUCGUUCACCUCACGAUUACUAAAGAUGUCAUGGUGUUUUGUUAUUCUGGUCAGGGCUUUUGUCUUGGAGUGGAGUGAAAGGUUUGAGAGAGGUUGGUGUGUGUGUGUGUGUGUGUGUGUGUGUGUGUGUGUGUGUGUGUGUUUGCACUUAGUUGUGUGUACCUACUCUCUACAGUUCUUCUUUGACGUUAUCCUUAUUGAACCUAAAAGGCUACAAGAGGGCAAGCAGGGCAAAGGGUCGUUGAGAAAGUUUUGUGGCAGCUUUGGGAAAGUUUUGUGGCAGCUUUGGGAAAGUUUUGUGGCAGCUUUGGGAUCCAAAAGAAAGCGUAAGGCUUAGCGAGAGAAGCCUUUGUAGUAAUUAACGGUAGGCUGGAGUUUUAGGCCCAGUGAAGACGUCUAGCUAGUGGCUAACAGUAUCCGUGUUAAGGCUUUUGUGUGUGUCUACGACAUGUCUCUAGACAAUUAGGAUGCGGCAAGUAUUGCUGGUCAAAUCUACAUUUCAUUUAUACUCAGGCUGACUGUCUGUAGAUCAUCACUACGGUGAAAACGGUUCUACUUUGACCCUGCCACAGUGUCCAUUGUCACGAGUAGAUAGAGCCAAUGGCGCUACAUAGCCAUGACAAUAAAUUCCAAAUGCCUGAUUGACAGCUAGCUAGCUUGCAUCAGCAUACAUAAUAUAUAUACAUUUAAUAUUAUGGAUGACUGUAUUUUUUGUAGAGCAUAUGUUAAGUUGAGUUAUGGAGCACCCUUGUCUCUUUGCCGUUGGGAGUGAAGACUCCAAAGAUUCUCAACAACAAAAAAAUCCUGGUUAGCAAUUGGUAGCCAGCUUAAUUCAACCUGUAAUUAAAAUGACUUUAGCUGAGCUGGCUAUCUAGUCAAUCUAAUUCCAGACUAGGUGUGAGUAUGAGAAAUCAAACAAACAAAUAUUAAUCUCUUCUCAGGAGAAAGGCAGCUUAGAUAGAAUGUAAGUCACUAUUACGUGACAAUAUAAUGCUCAUGAUGUCAACUUUGUGUUUAUACAAACAAACCAAGUUUGUAAAUAUAAUUUUCAUGAUAUCACUGCAACAACAUGUCAAUAGAUGGACUAAAAACCAGCCUUUAGGUAUGAUAAUGAGAACAGAGUUGGCUAGAGUAGAAUUAGCUAGCUAGAAGGCUAAUGUUUAACUAGGCUAAAGCAGAACCAGAUAUGGCUAAUGGCUACCAGGCUAAUGUUUAACUAGGCUAAAGCAGAACCAGAUAUGGCUAAUGGCUACCAGGCUAAUGUUUAACUAGGCUAAAGCAGAACCAGAUAUGGCUAAUGGCUACCAGGCUAAUGUUUAACUAGGCUAAAGCAGAACCAGAUAUGGCUAAUGGCUACCAGGCUAAUGUUUAACUAGGCUAAAGCAGAACCAGAUAUGGCUAAUGGCUACCAGGCUAAUGCUUAGCUAACAGUUUGAGAAAAGCAAUUAGAGGGUUGUUGUACUGAGGUGAAUCGUUUAGGCUAUUAUUCUCCUCUUUUUAGCAGUUUUCCAUGGCCACAGGUGAAUUUGUCAUCUGUUAUUGUUGAUUUUAUUUCCCCUUUAUCUACUCUCUUUGUCAGUACAACACACACACAGAGUCACUCACCCUCAAGAGAUCACACACAGGGGGUAUUCUAUUAGUAUCCCCAUUAGCUGUUGAGAUAGCGGCAGCUACUAUUCCUGGGGUCCACACAGAACAUGAAGCAUGACAUAAUACAGAACAUUAAUAGACAAGAACAGCUCCAGGGCAGAACUCCAUAAAUUGGACGGAACUACAGAAACAUUCACUUGCACUAGGAAGAUACUAUUUACACACAGCAUGCAUACUCACUCGCCCUUCACAAACACAAGCAUUACACUCACCCCAAAGACAGACAGACAGACAGACACACACACACACACACACACACACACACACACACACACACACACACAGACACGCGAACACAAACAUCCAUGCCCCUGUCUUCAUUCUUUGAGAAGAUGUCAAUGUGAGCUUUCAUAUAGGAGGCACUCAGUCAGUGGGAGGUCGACUGCUGACAAAAGGCCCCUGUCAGCUAUUUUGGUGGCCGACAUCACUGUGGCAGAUUUUUUUGGUUGCUUCCUAAAUGGCACCCUAUUCCCUUUAUAGUACACUACUCUUUUUUUUUUUAUUUUCUUCUUUUUUUACCAGGACCCAUAGGGCUCUGGUCAAAAGUAGUGCACUAUGUAGGGAAAAGGAUGUCAUUUGGGACACGACCUUAAACAGUAAUGAGGUUCAGUCAGGUUGGAUUCUCCUGUCAGUAAACACAACUGUCUUUUGUCCACCUCUCCUUUUGUCCUGUCCCACACAUUGGUGAUCUGCUCAGAAAAAUACAUUUCUGAGUCCCCUCCAUUGUAGUAUUGUCGAUCACGGUGAUGGGAUGAAAUAGGAUUUGGUAAGAGCCAGAUUGAAUAGGUGUGUGUAGUGGGGGUGGAUAUGUGUGUGUGCCUGUGUGUGUGUUUAUGCAUGUGUGCGAGUAUUUGUGUUCAUUUCACAGCCAUAUUGGAAACGUUUUGUACACUUUGUUGCCCAGCCCUCUCAGAAUGCCUUCUGUAUUGUGUGUGUUGCAUGAGAGAACGUGUGUGUGUGCGUGUGUGUGCGUGUGUUGCAUGAGAGAACGUGUGCGUGUGUGUGUGUGUGUGUGCAUGUUUGUCAGAAUGAGUGCAUGUGAGUAUGUAUGUUUUUGGGACCGGAGUAGCUGCAAGGGUGUUUUUUGAAAUCAUGAUUUGUAAAUACAUUUUCAUAUUGCAAACCAGUUUUUGAUAAAGUAUUAUACAUUUCUGUAAAAGAAAAAUAUGUACAUAAGAUUUUAGAUAAGAAUAAAGUGUUGAUGACAGUAUAUUAAUUUAUUUGUAUAAAAGAGCACUGUAUUCCCUGAUUGUACGAAAUAUGAAUUAUCCGCCCAAGUGUUUUGUGUUGUUACUUGGUCUUGCUUCAUUUGAUAACCUUUUCUCUUUCCAAAAUGUGUACUUAUUUUAUCAGUACAAGUAAUACAACGUGGUUCCUCAAUAUCUUCCCGUAUCUCAUUGUUUCUCAACCCCAGCGUUUUAUAAUAUGAACGAUUGUUUUCUGGUGCCUUUUUUUCUCUCUCUUUUUUUGUUGUACUGCUGUUUCGCUGUGGGAGAUGGGUUCUUUUCAAGCAACUUCUGUAACAUGCAAAUAAGAACAUCUGUACCCAGAAUUGACAAAAACGGUCUCGCUCACCUUUUUAUUAUUUCAUGAAGUUGUUCUUAAAUAUCUAUAUAUUGAUAUAUAAAACUUUAUUGCAAAUCUC